AUGGCAAAUUCUACUCUUCUUCUUCUUCUUCACCUAUUGCUGAUCUCCUCCGCCUUGAUCCUCCGGCCAGCUGCUGCCGGCGCAGACGAGUUAAACUGGUUAUCGAAGCAAGGAGGAGGACGGUGUACCGGGUCAAUAGCGGAGUGUAUGGCCGGAGGAGAGUUUGAGAUGGAAUCGGAGAGCACCAGGCGCAUAUUAGCUACCUCCAACCACAUAAGUUAUGGAGCGCUGCAACCAAACAAUGUGCCAUGCUCUCAGAGAGGUUCCUCGUAUUAUAAUUGUCGAUCCGGUGGUCAGGCCAAUCCUUAUCAGCGUGGUUGCAGUACCAUUACGCGUUGCCAACGUUAA